AUGGCGCGGAAGCACGGCUGGCAGCUCCCGGCCCACACCCUGCAGAUCGUUGCAAUUACUGUAUUCUUCCUUCUGGUGGUUGCAUUUUAUGCCUUCUUUGCACCAUUUCUGGGAACACAAGUCCUUGAGUAUGUUGCGAUAGGCAUUUAUACUCCCAUGGCGUUGGCUGUCUUCAUCCUUUACAUCCGGUGCACAAGUAUUAAUCCUGCUGAUCCUGGUAUCAUGGCAAGGUUUGAGGAUGGUUUUGUCGAUGUACCUGCCAACAGCGGUGGAUUGGAAGGCAUAAACUUGCCCCAGAAAGCAAACAGCGCUAUUGGAACACACUCUCCAACAUCUACUUGCAGAAGCUCUCUAGAUGGCCAUUCUAAUCAGAGAGGUACAUCUGUAGGGGAAGCAAACAUACAUGUGAGCUCACAACUGCCGAAGAAAAGAUCAAGCUGUUUCCUCUUUGGUGGGCUCGUGUGUGCUUUAUUUGUUAAGGAGGACUGCCGGAAGGCUGAUGAAUCAGAGCAACAAGCUAGUGGUGAAGAAGCUCUGUUUUGCACAUUAUGCAAUGCUGAGGUUCGCAAAUUCAGUAAACACUGCAGAAGCUGUGACAAGUGUGUGGAUGGAUUUGAUCAUCAUUGUCGGUGGCUGAAUAAUUGUGUUGGGCGGAAGAACUACUUCACGUUUAUUGCUCUGAUGGCAAUCAGUCUCCUAUGGCUUGCAAUUCAAUUUGGAGUGGGCAUUGCUGUUCUUGUUCUCUGCUUUGUCAAUAAAAAUUCACCAAGAAUCCUUCAAGAAAAGCUUGGGAAUGGCUUGACUCGCGCUCCAUUUGCUGUGAUUGUAGGUAUAUUCACACUUCUGUCAUUAGUGGCCUGCGUACCUUUAGGAGAACUUUUCUUCUUCCACAUGAUAUUAAUCAGAAAGGGGAUCUCGACCUAUGAUUAUGUGGUCGCAAUGAGAGCUAUGAGUGAGGGGAUUCCAGAAGACGAGGAAGGAGCAAAUAUCAUCUAUUCCCCCUCAAAUUCAGCAACAACCGGAUUCAGUGUUGGAAGUUCUCUUGGCCUUCACCACAAGGGUGCUUGGUGUACACCUCCAAGAAUAUUUAUUGAUCAGGAUGAAGUGAUUCCACAUUUGGACCCUGGGAUGGUUCCUUCAACUGUUGAUCCUGAUGCUGCUGGAUACGCUGAAAGAGCAAACAAAGCCAAGAAGCCAGUCAAGAUCAGUGCCCGGAGCCUUGCAAAGCUGGACAGAAACGAGGUGAUGAAAGCUGCAGCAAAAGCUCGGGCAUCAUCCUCUGUCCUCCGACCAAUAGAUGCCCGCCAUGGCCAUGAAGCUGAUAUUAGCUCCAGUGGCAAUGCCAGCGUCAGGAGUAGCAUGAGUGUUGACUACAGUGCUACAAAGGAAUCAAGGAGUGAGAUGAGGCUAUCUCCUCUACAGAACUCAUAUCCACAGAGUCUUGCAAGCCAGGAUGACUAUGAGACUGGCACACAGACUGCAAGCAGUUUAAGCAGCCCGGUCCACCUCCACAAGCUUGCCCCUCAUGCUCAAUUUCGUGCAGCACCUCAUCCAGCUCCACCUCCUGAAAGGCCUGCGCCAGGGAUUACAAGGCCACCUGUUCCCGCCACACAUAUAAGCAACAACCCAAUGUUCCAGUCAGCCACAUCAUAUGUCAGGGAGAACCGAAGAGCCUCUGUUGUCUGGGAUCAAGAGGCUGGUCGGUACGUGUCAGUGCCCAUGCAAACAACAAGAACAGGACCUGGUGUUGAGCUGCCUGCAAGAAACCCAAGUUUCUUGGCGAAUCCAAGUGGUGAACCAGGCAACCAUGGGAGAAACCUUGCACCUGCGAACACAACUUCAUCAGCGAUUCCUUCGGGGCAGCCGUCUGAGAGAUUGACAUACACAGGCCAAUCAAUAUUCUUUGGCGGGCCAAUCCUGAGCACCACUGGCAUAAAUGCAGAAAGGAAUGAGGCGGGCACAAGAGUGCGUCCUGAGACAAGCAGAGAUCCCAACUCCCACCAGCGGGAUAUCCGUGGCGAGAAGGCUCGGACAGGCUCCUUCCCGUUGUUUGAGCCUAGGAAUUUCUAG